AUGGUCUUCUUCGGCCAGCCGCCGGAUCCCGCCGCGUUAAAGAAUUACUUCCCUGGCAUUUCAGCGAAAAGCUUCAGCCCUGCGUCGGCAUCUGUUUGCUACCGCGAAAGCAUCCAGAAGGAAAACAACGCGCGUAGCGAUGCUUACGAGAGCGAGAAACUCAGGCAAAGUCAGAGCUCCUCGAAAUCUACAGAGCGGCGGCUGGGCGAGACUCUUCCCGGCCAGGGAAGCAUCAGCUCUGCCUACAGCAGCAGAGGCUGGAAACAGGCGACCUCAGGACGCUGGCUGCCGCCCGAUUUCCCACCGACAAGUCCCGAUGCAGGUGCGAAUCGUCCCAUGAUGGACCCACCGAGAUCGGCGCAGUCAGAGCGGCCCAGAUUUCGAGGGCUGCCUGAUCUGCAUGUGACGGAUAUGUGGCGCACCACCAGCUGGUCCGACUUCGGCCCGAGCCGUUUGUCAGACGGUCCCGGUGCGAAUGCGCAUGACGAGCGAGUGGCCGAGCUGGUGAAAGCUCGCUGCGGUGCGCGGCAACGGCCUAGGAAGGUCACCAGCGUGAGUGAGCUAGACUUCAUUCCACGAGCUCCGUGGAUCGCCUGCACCAUUAUGGGCGCCAUUUUCCACAUCCAUCUUGAGCUUGAAGCGAGAUCCAGUCAGGCGCCCAUCUUUGAAGAGCUUGUCCGAGCGCACUUGCCUGACAUUGCUGUGAAGGUGGUCGCAGAUCAAGCCCUGCAGGAUCGGAUCUCGUCGCACAUCACUUUUCGGAAGAGCUCCAAGGCCAGGAAGGUCCUGGCAAGCCCGUUUAAUUUUGCGCCGUUCUACCUUCACGAAUACGUGAAAGAAGGUGAAGAGUCUCCUCGCCGGCUUAUCUACAUCGACACGGACACCGUGAUCAUGGGAGACUUGGGUGAGCUCCAGGACAUUGACCUUCAGGGGCACUCCUGCGCAUCUGUGAAGUACUGUUUGCAGAAACUGCAUCAGUACGUGGACUUCGAGGCCCUGCGUGAAUUGGGAUUCGCAGAGUUUGAUCCAGAGGCGUGCAUUGCAAAUCGGGGCCUUCUCGUCAUUGAUGUGGAGCGCUGGGUCGGCCAGGGGAUGACCGAAAAGAUCGAGUUUUGGAUGCAAAAGUACAAGGAUUCCAGCAAAGAUCUCUGGCAUGGCGGCAUGUCGCAGCCGCCUUGGCUCUUGGCAAUGAAGGAUGACUUUCUCGACUUGGGUGACAAGUGGAAUUGCAACUCCCUGGGCCGCGAAAACAUGGGCUAUUCAGAGGCACGCGUUCUGCGAGAGACGGGAUUUGACCAUGUCGCAGUUCACAAACUGGGUGCCAAAGUGGAUGAGUCGGGAUCCAUUUUUCCGUAUGUCGUGUCCUGCAGCCAGACUGGCAAACUCUUGCACUUCAACGGUGCAGUCAAGCCAUGGGCCAUCCAUCCUCAGCUUGGCCGCAAACUACCAGUUUGUGCCUUGCCGGAGAGCAUCCCGGUGGAUGAGCAUUUUGCCUGGUCAGCACAAGUGAAGAUCUUCUGCAAGCCGGUGAACUUCGUGCACUGCGUGGACAUCUGGAAGCGCUACAUUUCGGACGAGACCGAGUGUGCGCUGCGCAACUUCGAUGAGGAGUGGGCGGAGGAGGAGCAGAUGUGGGCCGCCAACCAGCACGACGAGCAAGAGAAGUUGGAUCUCCAGAAGAAGGCUAAGCAGAAGGAACGAAGCUACAAGCAGGAGCUGGACAAGGAGGAAAUGCAGGCAAGGGAGAUGGGGCAGGCAGUGCUCCAGAAAGUUGACGAGCUCAGUGAUGCUGCGCAGCAGAGGGAGCGCGAGGCAGACCUCGAGCGCUGGCAACUGGAGCAGCGGGAUUUACCGGUCCAAUGA